UUUAACCCAGCCAGAGCUCGGUCGCUAGCCCGAUAAAAGACGCCUGACCUCUCGCUGCAUACGCCGGCCCUGGCACCUGUGGCUUGACUCUGUGGCAUCACUCCCCGUUUCAUCAAGUCACCUUGGAGCCUCCCCAUCUUCCGACCUCACUCUCUCUCGAUGCUCUUGGACACCCAGCACCUCUGCUUGGAGCUUCCCAGCGAUGUUUCGAAAUCGGGCCAAUUCGCAGAAGCCGAAUGAAGAGCUGCUCGAGAACUUCAGGGCUACCUUUCCGCACCUCGCGCAGACCACGCGCUCGCAAUCCCUCAACAAUCCGACGGGCACCUCCCUCACCGAUGCGCUCGAUGUAGCUCAUACCACCCGGCAUUUCGGCGAUCAUGAAGAUAUCAAGGACGCCGACCCUACACCGCGCGGGAAUAACGAGCCAUGGCGCUUCACGCCCUCUCUCCUCGAUCCCAAUAGCUUCGCCUUCUCGUCUUUCGCUAAUCAACCGCCUGGAUACUACACUCCCACCCCAGGCGGAACUAAUACCCUCUAUCAUAGUCAGGCUGGAGACCUGCACACCCCGGGCUUCAGCUUCGGCCUAGGAACUCCACUGUCAUUACCCACCUCCGAAGGCGGCGUGCAUGCUGGACAAACCGCGCCUACGACCCACCUCCAUGGCUUCAAUCCCCACGCUCUCGGAACCCACCAUCAUUUCCACAACCAGAACCCGUUCGCGCUUCAGCCUCAGCAUGCGCCGUCCUUCGCGCCGCACCAGUUUACCCAUCAGCCCUCAGCUUUUGAGCACGCACCUCUGGCGCAGACCCACGAGAAUUCCCCGAUGGACAACAUGGUUCCCGAGGUUGAAAUGCAGGAGCAGUCACCAUUGGUUGGCUUCGCACCUCAGACUUUUGAGGAGAACGUUCCGCCUCCCAUGGCCCAACCCGCUGGCGAAAAUUUCCGAUAUCACGUUACUUUGAAUGCGCCUACAGCUAUGAUCAAGCAUGCCGACGAGAUUCCAGUCACGUAUCUCAAUAAAGGCCAGGCUUACACUAUUUCCUUGGUGGACACCGCGCCUAUUCAACCCACGUCCGUCCCUGUCAAAUAUCGGACGUACAUCCGCAUCUCCUUCGAAGACGAGCAACAGCGACAGCGUCCCGCGGGCUGUUGGCAGUUGUGGAAGGAGGGUCGGGGCACUAACGAAGCGCAUCAACGGGGUGGUCGCCUGCAGGCUGUUGAAUUCGUCGAUCCGAGCCAGGUCGGCGGUGGUGAAGUGCAAGGACGGCCCAAGGUAGAGCUGGACAUAGCCUCUUUCGACGGCUUUGCCGUAACUUGGAUACCCGUUCACAACGCCGUUCCGGAGUGCUCUAUCGCUGUGCGGUUCAACUUUCUCUCGACAGACUUCAGCCACUCGAAGGGCGUCAAAGGCAUACCAGUUCGCCUGUGCGCUAAAACGGAACUACUCACGAGCAUUCCUGGAUCUCCCGAAGAAGGCUCGAAGGCCGAACUCUGCUAUUGCAAAGUGAAGCUUUUCCGAGAUCACGGCGCUGAGCGGAAGCUGUCCAACGAUGUCGCACACGUCAAGAAGACUAUCGACAAAUUGAAGCAACAAAUCGCUCAGGUAGAGUCUGGCAUGAAAGAUUUUGGAAAGCGGAAGCGCAGCGGCUCUAUAUCCAAGUCCACACCCAGUUCGAGGCCAGGAAAAGUUCCCAAGCACAAGAGGACAUGGUCAAUGUCUUCGGCAAGCUCGGCUUCGGGUACCCGCGCUCCAGCCGAAGAGGACCUGCAUCUGAAGCUCGCAAGUCUACAGGACAUGUUCAGCUCCACAAGACCCGUGAGCGUUCUGUAUCUCAAGGGAGACGAGCAAGAUGACCCGGACCUCCAUCCCGUGCAGCUGUCCGGUACACCUCAGGAUCUGUCCAAGAUUGAUACGAACGUGGAUGCAACAAUGUGGGAGCGACAAAGCUCUCACACAGGGGCGACCUCGUCGAUUGUAUCGCCAACGCCGAGUUCACAAUCUUUACAUUCCGACCAGCGUCGGGGCUCUAGCUUCCAGCAGCCAGCGCCGUUCCAGCCGCCCUCCCGAAUGUCAUCAAACGAAUGGCGAAACCUGCCCCAGACAGCGACAGGAGACCUCAAACCGCACAGCGGCAUUCCCGCUAUCUCGGGCGUCCCAACGAAAGUUCAAAGACCGUACAGCGACGAUCAUGCCCUUUCUGGGUGGAUCGAAGCCUUAGGCGUCGAUCAGACAUAUCAACCGCCACCGGAACCAAUGUUGAAGCCAGUCGCGUGUUUCUUCGUUCAACCAAGGAUCGCCGGUAAACAGCCCGAAGACAAUUACUUCAGGGCCGUGUACCUGAUAGAGCGAACCGUAAAAGCACUCAUUGGCGGCAUCGCAAUGAAGAUCGAUAUUGAACCCACAAAAGUCACCCGGGCUAUUCGGAUCAACCAGAAGGGGCUGCAAAUCCUAAUGGAUGACGACGCCGUUCAGGAGAUCCCCGAACAACAAGAUAUGACCGCCGAAUUCCACGAGAUUAUCCCGCCGCAACAACCCAUGAAGCGAGAAUGGGACGCAGGCCCUACGGACAUACAGGUGGAUGGCGACAUAGGCAUAAUCGAGAACGUGAACUCUACAGGCUAUGAGCUCCGGCUCCUCUACUGAAAAGCCAGACGCGUCACAUCCACCUCUUUCGGGCCCCUAUCAACAAUUUAAUGACCCUACGUAAUGAUAUUGUACUAUUCGUACACACAAAGCGCAGGCAGGACGCUUUCCGGAGAAGAUGAACAUGUUCCACAUACUGGUCGAUUCGGUUCACCACACAUUCGGCGUUUACAUCCUCUUCUUCAAAGAUACCACUGCUCCACACGAGCCAUUUGUUUGAU